AUGAUUGAAAAACUUACUAUUAAGCGAUCCCGUCAAAAGGUUAUUGCUUAUUCAGUGAUAAUAAUAUGGCUAAUGAUAGUUAAUAUUUGGCUAUUAAACAAUUAUCACCUAAAUUCAUCCACACUCACCAGACACGGCAAUGGUGAUAAUUUGAUUGAUGAAGACGAUGAUCUGUCAUCAUCAUCAGAGUAUUCUAUUUAUAAUGAACUAGAUACAGAAAACUAUCUAGGUCAGCAACACCAAGAAGAAGAUGUACCUAACUCACAAUCAACCGAUAACUCAUUGAUAAAGCCAACAUCACCUGCUAAAAAUUCAUUUAAAGAUGAUAUCACGAUUAAAAUCUUACAAAAGCAUCUUCAAAAACAACAAAAUAAUCCAAAAGAUAUUCGAACUAAGGAUAGUCAUGCAGAAAUUUAUAAUCAAAUAUUUGAAAAUCAUCCACAAAUCGAUACAAUAUUAGGGAACUUAAAUUUUAAUCAACGAUGUCAAUUAUUUUUCCAAAAUUUAUUUAUUAAAGAUAACAAUUGGAUAUUAAAUGUUAAAGAUAAAAAAAUUAAAUUAGAAAAUAAAAAUGAUUUUAAAUUUAAUGAUUUUAAAAAAUCCCAUUUAAAUGAAUUUAAAAGACAAUUUAAAACUAUGAAAAAAUUACUUGAACCUAAUAAAAUCAUUCAUAAUAAAGAUUUUGAUAAUUCAAUAGAAUUUCAAGAUUUUAUUAAAAUGAAAUAUGAACAAUUUUGGAAUCGUACCAUGACUUAUGAACAAAAAAUUGUUGAUUCAAUAUCAAUAUUAAGAAUUUUUAAUAAAUGUUAUCUUAUUGAGGAAGCAACAUCUACUACUACCACCAAAAAUAAUAAACAAGAUUUUAUAAAAGAUCAAUUUAAAUUGGUUGAUGGGAUUAGAAGAGCUCUGAAGAAGAAUCCAUCAUUACCUAAAUUCAAACCCACUAAACAAGAACAAAUGGUCAAUUUUGAUAAUGAAAAUCUAAGUCCAUCUAUAUUGGAACAUCGUGUUUAUCCUUGGUUAUCAUUUGAAUACCCUGUAUAUGAACGAUGGACGGGGAAAGUACAAUAUCAACCUCCGAAAAUGGCCAAUUAUGUUAAAGAUGGAAAUCAAAAAACUACCAAAAAGACUAAAUAUAAUAAUGACAAGUAUUUAUCAUCAUUUUUCUUGAAUCGAUUAAAACAAAAAUGUAAUGGUCGAGGACUUGUUUUAUCAAUUAGUGAUCUUCAUGUUGAUGUCACAGUUCGAUUAAUUCAUUUAUUACGAGCUUUAAAUAAUAGAUAUCCUAUACAAAUUGUUUAUUAUGAUAAUUUAUCAAAAGAAACUAAAGAAAAAAUCGUUACUGCUGCUAGAGAAGUAAUGUCUCAUGUACCUAAAUCAUUUGAAAGAGUUGCCAAAUAUUUCCCUGAUGAUUAUCUAGAUAAUGAUCAAGGUGGAUUACCUAAACAAGAAAUAUGGUUUAUUAAUACUUAUAAUGUUAUUCAUGCCGAUUAUAAAUUACAAUUUAGAGGAUUUGCCAAUAAAUUUUUAGCAACCUUAUUUAAUUCAUUUGAUGAAUUUAUAUUACUUGAUGCUGAUACGGUAUUAACUCAAUCACCAAGUUAUUUUUUCAAUUUACCUCAAUAUCUAGAAACAGGGACUUUUUUCUAUAAAGAUCGUACCACGUAUGAAACUCGUCCUAAAUCAGAUUCAAUAUUUUUUGAAAAAUUAGGACCAUCAGUGAUAGAUUCAGUAAUGUUUAAUAUCCCCAUUAUGACAUCAUAUACUUUAAAUCGAUCAUUUUUCAAAGGAUUAUUUCAUUAUAUGGAGUCAGGAUUAGUAGUUCUUAAUCGAGAUAUGCAUUAUUCAUCAUUUUUAACCAUGGUGCAAAUGAAUUUUUUUGAACCAGUAAAUUCAAGAAUUCAUGGUGAUAAAGAGAUUUUUUGGUUAGCAAUGGCUAUUAAUGGGAAACAAAAUUAUUAUUUUGAUGAAAAUUAUGCUGCUGCCGUCGGGGUCAUGACUCCCGAUAUAGAACGUACUAAACCUGAUAAAACUUUACAUGAAUCAAAAGAAUUAUGUUCACCACAUCCUGGUCAUAUUAGUCAUGAUGAUAAUUCAUUAGUGUGGUUAAAUUCCGGGUUUUUCUAUUGUGGACAAAAUGAUAAAGUUAAAUUUGUUGAAGAAUUUAAACAUAAAUCUCGAUUGAAACAUCUUAAUACUUUAGAAGCAUUUAAAACAUUUUAUUAUUCUCCAUUAAGAAUUGAAAAUGCCAUUAUUCCACCAAUGGAUUUAGACAUUUGGGCGGCAAAUAAUGAAGAUGAACCUGCUAAAGGUUGGUUUGGAGAUCCAAGAUAUUGUAGUGGUUAUAUGUGGUGUGCUUAUGAUAAAAUUGGUGGUAAAACUAAAUCAGGUAAAAAUACUCGUCUUGAAGGGAAAAUCAUAAAUUUUGAUGAACAAGCUCAAGAUUUAUUUAAUUAUUAUGGUGAUGUAUGGGUAGGAAUGGAAUAA